GCAUACCUUCCGUUCCGCAACAUCUUAUAUCCCGACCACUGUCCCUUUAUUUUGAUCUUACUCCUAUACGGACGUAAUUUCUUUGUUCUCUUCUCUUUGGUACCCAUGCAUAUGGUAACUAUCUACAUGUUACGUUCAGAGCGCGCACUCUACUAGUCUCCAGCAGCAAUCGAACGCACACGUCAUUCUUGAACUUCCUACGAAAACCUUGAUCUUCUCGGGAGCUUGCCAAGAUGGCUUCUGUGUCCUCUCUCGACCAAGAUAUGAGGAAGCUGCGCCUCGGUAGAUAUACACCACAAGCGGCAAAUGAAAUACGGACAUGGAUAGAAUCAGUAUUGGGCGAGAGGUUGCCUGCUGGAGAUAUACUAGAGGCACUGAAAGAUGGCACGGCACUGUGCAAACUCAUCAACCUUGCUGUCCCUGCUCCAGGCGUAAAGUACAAGAAGUCACCAAUGCCUUUUAUACAAAUGGAGAACAUAUCUCACUUCCUCCGAGCCUGCGAACAACCUCCCCUCAAUCUCCCGGCUCAUGAUCGAUUCCUCACUGUGGACCUAUACGAAGCGAAAGAUCCAGCGCAAGUGCUACAAUGCCUUGGCGCUUUCAGUCGGGUUGCGAAUUCCUUGAAUCCCCGGAACUUUCCCAAUGCGAUCGGGCCGAAGAAAUCGGGAGGAAUGCAGAGUCCAAAGACCACUGGUGAUCACACAGUCAGUGGCUACGAUACCAACCGCGCAGGUGCUGCAAGCAGCAUGAGUACAACCUCAUAUCGAGGCGGGUCAAACACUUUCAACCCGAUGCAGAGAGCGGUGACACCUCAGAGGACUGGGGGGUCUACAUCAUCAAAAGCAACAGAUGAAACGCGAUCACCACCAGGUGGUGUGAGCAGCUGGAGCAAAAAGGCGGAUGAGAAAUCGACAACCCCAGCUUGGAACAUUCACCAGUAUGGCUAUAUGGGCGGUGCUAGUCAGGGUAACCAAGGGAUCUCAUUCGGAGCGAGACGGCAAAUCACCACCCCGGGUCCAAAAGUUCCAAGUCUAACAGAAAAGGAGAAAAUUAGGAAGGACAGGGAAGCUGAGGAGCAACGGCAACAGGCGCUCGCUGAAGAGGCUGAGAGUAGGAGACGGCGUGAGAUAGCAGAGGAGGAGGAACGAGAGCGCAUAGAAGAAGAAAGGCGAUGGGAAGAAACGACUGCGCGCCGCAAGGAGGAGGAGAAGCGUCGCGUAGAUGCACAGAAAAAAGAAUGGGAGGAGCAAGAAAGACGGUGGAAAGCAGAUGAAGAACAAAGGCGGCGUGAGGAAGAAGAAACUCAACGAGACAUAGAAAAGGAAACAGAAAGGAAACGUGCCACUAAUGAUGCACACCUCCACGGCCAGUUCCUUAGCCAAUACCAAGCAGAGCAGUCAUCCAAGCCGCGUAGUCGCCGGAACAGCACUGAGGAUCCAGUACAAACUGCCGAACGUGACCGAGUGCGAGAGCUCGAACGCCAACUAGAAGAAGCCAAAGAGCGUGAACGACAGUAUCUCGCAGAACGUGAGGAGCGAGCCGAUCGACGUACUCAAAGAACUGUAGAACCCACCCCUCGCUCUCGAUCACGAAGCAAACCUGCAGCGAAAGAGCGAACUGUAUCACCGCGCGAAAGUGACGUUUCCUGGGUUGGCGACGAAAGGGAAUAUCUUCGCAACCAAUGGACAGAGCAACAACAGAAGCAACCACAACGUCCACUCCCCGAGCCCACCCCUGCCAGACCUUCAACUCCUCCGAGUCUUCCAGUUCGCCCUCUCCCUGAACCCGCAACAACCGUAGCCUCACCUCCAUCACCAUCUCGCCCUCUUCCAGAUCCCUCAACCUAUAAACCGCCACCAGCCCAACCCCGUUCGCCUUUUGCUGCAAAUCGCACAUCAAAAUUUCUUGCCUCCAAUCCCGCCCCAGUGGCACCUAAGCCCGAUACAUUCUCCGCUCCGGACCACGCCCUCUCGUCCGCCGCCGAGAAUGCGCUCGAGUCUCAACGUCGCAUGCAAGCACAACAGAAGACUAAGGCUGGCGGCUGGGCGUCAAAGUCACUGCUUGAACGCGAGAUGGAGCGCGAGCGCGAGCGACAGAAGGAAUGGGAGGAUGCACAGGAAGAGAAGAAGGGGAUGAGGAGAGAUGAGCAGGAAGGCGCCGGGCCAGGCCAAUCGUGGGACGUCAAUAUGUAUGGCUUCACAGGUGGAGAUAGUCAAAACAAGGUUGGGUCCGGGAUUGGAUUUGGAGGGAGGAGGCAGAUUAUUGGGCCUCGACCGAAACCGUAGAUCCGCUUGUCGAGGCAGGAAAGUAUGAUACCGUUACGAUGCAUGAGUGCCAGCAAUAUUGAUGAGAACUUUUUUUUACAUUCAUGAUUAUAUAUGCGUAUACCC